UCUCAGAGCCCAACCUGAAGGUGCGAUCGCGGUUGAAGCAGAAAGUGGCGGAGAGGCGGAGCUCUCCGCUCCUUCGCAGGAAGGACGGGACCGUCAUCAGCACCUUUAAGAAGAGAGCCAUAGAGAUAUCAGUCUCCUCUCUCUGUAACAGCGCUCCGGGUUCAGGUCCCAGCAGUCCCAACAGUUCCAAUUCGGCUAUCGCCAACGGCAACACGGGGUCUGUCCCCAACAUACAGACUGAGCUGAGGUCUCUCCACCAGACGCUGGGGGCUGAUGGGACAUUGAGUCCUUUGAAUCUCUACACCUCGCCCUCCCUGCCAAAUAUCUCCCUGGGCCUCCCCGCCAACACACACAUCACGGCCCCUCAGAAGCUGUCCACCCAGCAGGAGGCCGAGCGUCAAGCCAUCCAAUCACUGCGAGGGGGCGGAGCUCUGACAGGGAAGUUUCUCUCCACGUCCUCCUUACCUGCAGGGGUGGGGCAUGAGGUGGAGACUCCGCCCCCCAGCUCUCACUCCGCCCAUUCCUCUUUACUUCAACACGUUCUGCUGCUGGAGCAGGCCCGACAGCAGACCGCCAUGCUCGCUGUCCCCAUGUACAGCCAGUCGCCGCUGGUUACGGCGGAGAGAGGCGUGUCUGGCGGCAUGCGGGCGGUCAAUAAGUUGCCUCGCCAUCGGCCGUUGGCUCGGACCCAGAGUGCACCUCUGCCCCAGUCCCCCCAAGCCCUGCAGCAGCUGGUGGUUCAGCAGCAACACCAGCACUUCCUGGAGAAACACUACAAG